AUGAAAUAUUUUGUUCUUUUUCUCAUUUCUCUAGUUUUCCUGGUCAAUUCUCUACCACCUCCAGAGGGUCUGAAAAGAGCCAAGCAGGUGGGAAAUGGAGGAAAUGGAGAUGUUUCUGGAGUCGAGCCACCACCGAAUUUGCAAUUGAGAUCCAGAAUGAUGGCAGCUAUGAACUCGCAUCAUGCUCAACCAAUCGCCGCCGAAAAAGCCAACAUCUUCAAUCAACCAUUAAUUCUCACAAAGAACAAGAAAGUUGCUAAACCAGCAGCUAAAGCAAUUAUCACGCAAUCAAUCACUGCGUCUACCGAAGAUCCAGUCAAGAAUAGUGGAGAAGUGACUCGUCAGCCAACGACUUCGUUGUCUCCAGAAGAUAUUCGCAAGAAGUUCUCCAGCGUUGGCGAUGAAAAGGUCAACUUGAAAGUUCGACCAGUUUUGAAAACCAACUUUGUGGAUGCCAAUGGGAAAGUUGUUCGGGAUGUGGUUUCUGUUCCGAUUCGAGUUUCCGACGGGCAUAUUCACUCGAUCCCAAAGAACUCCAAAAAUGCCACAUCCAGCUCAGCCGUUGUCGAAACUGAGAAAAAUGUAAAUGUCGCAUUCCGAUCGUCCCUUCCACUUUGGCUUUUCUGA